CAUGCGCCGCUGCGCGCGCAGAGGAAGCAGCAGCGGCAGCAGGAAGUGCUGUGAUCGGCGGAGGUUAGCCUGUUAGCCUGGGAGCUAACGAGGAUAUGAUGUUUAUGAACUGAACAGGUGCGUUGUCGUGGGCGAUGGCUCUGAUCGAAGGUGUCGGCGAUGAGGUGACGCUGCUCUUCGGCUCGCUGCUGCUGCUGAUGGUGUUGCUGCUCGCCUGGAUCUCCACUCGCACCUCAGAGCCACCGGAGCACCUGUUCAGCCCCACCACAGGCCCGGUGCCUUCUGGUUCAGCCCACCUGGACGCCCCUCUCGGCUCCACCAGCAGCACUUCAGCAUCCUUCUCUGCAUCGUCGUCAGCCACCAGCUCUGUGAAUGACAGCUCUGUAUCUGAGGCUCCGCCCACCUCAGUGCAGGAUGAGGGGGAGGUGGGGGAAGGAGAUGGGUUGAGGAACAGAGGAGAGACUCUGUUGAAUCAGAGAAACAUGGUGGUCCGACUAAAAUUCCUGAAUGACACAGAGAGAACUGCUCAGGUCAAACCGCAGGACACCAUCGGAUACAUCAAACGGACGUACUUCGCAGGUCAGGAGCAGCAGGUCCGCCUCAUCUACCAGGGCCAGCUGCUGCAGGACGACGCGCAGACUCUGGCCUCCCUCAACCUGGUCCAUAACUGUGUCCUGCACUGCCACAUUUCCCAGCAUGCCUCUCGGGGGUCGGCGGGAGGGCCGCGACCCGCCGACCAGGUGCAGGUGGCGCUGAACGUGGGAAGCCUUAUGGUGCCACUGCUGGUCCUCAUGCUGUCAGUGCUCUGGUAUUGCCAGAUCCAGUACCGGCAGUUUUUCACCGCCCCCGCCACCGCCUCGCUGGUCGGACUCACUAUCUUCCUCAGCCUGGUGGCCUUCGGGGUCUACCGCCGCUAGCUGCUCUCUGAUUUGGGUCUGUUAAUUCCAGUUUAUUUUUUGUUUUGUUUUUAUUUGAAAAUAUUUUUUUCUGUAGGUUUCUCUUCAUCGUGCCUCUUUGACGACCUGAGUUUCUAGUCGAUCUGACACCUGUCAGUCAGCCUGACACCUGUCAGUCACUGUGUCUGAAGGGAGAAAAUCACAUCUGUGAAUUUCAACUUUUGGAGAAGAUCUAUUAAAUGGUUAAUUUAU